AUGUCCUCUGAGCUGUUUUCGAAAGUAGUGGAGAAGCUAGCAAGCGAGCAUCUGCAGGGUAAGGACAUCCACACCCGCGCUGCAGAGCUGCCAGGAGAGACGUCGGAGCUAGCAAAUAAACAAGAUGUCAUAAGAUCAUACUACGAGGCUAUGCAUCUCAUGCAACGGCCUGUGGGAAACCGCAUACCGCAUCUUUUCGCAGCAUCACAUCCAUCCGAGCGAACACCCAUAUACACAGUCUUCGGUGGUCAGGGAAACACACAGCACUACUUCGAAGAACUACGAGAUUUAUAUGCGACAUACGGCUGCCUCCUAGACGAUAUCCUAGAUUACGCGUCAAUGAUCUUCGAACAGCUUCUUGACGACGAGACGACAAUUAACCAAUACCCGAAGGGCCUGGACUUCUUCAAUUGGUUAAAGAAACCGGAAACGACUCCAGAUCCAGAGUACUUGCUCUCGGCGCCUGUCAGCUUUCCAUUAAUUGCUCUAGGCCAGCUGGCCAGCUUUUACGUUGCUUGCAAGAUCUGGCAACUCACACCAGGAGAGGUGGUCGAGAACUUGCACGGAUCGACUGGUCACAGCCAGGGCAUCAUUGUUGCGGCAGGUAUUGCAACCUGCAGGACGUGGGACGACUUUGAAGGUGCAUUCAGAUCAUGUCUGAUUGCGCUUUUCUACACCGGCUGUCGCAGCCAGCAAAAAUUUCCAAUGAAGACUGCUUGGCAGAAGAUGGUGGACUUGGACAACUCCGAAGAGGACCCAACGCCGAUGAUGAAUGUAAUGCAUCUCUACCGAGCAGACCUCGAGAAGCAGAUCAAGGCAUUCAACCAACAUCUCCCUGAGAACCGACGAGUAGCCAUUGCUCUUGUCAAUGGACCGUCGAACAUCGUUGUUGGUGGUCCGCCAGAGUCGUUGAAGAGCCUAGCUUCUUGGCUUGAGGAGCUGAAAAAUGUCCAGCAAAAGGCAAAGCCCAGCUCGAAAGCUCUCACCACGCGGUUUCUACCCAUCACCGCCCCUUUCCAUACCUUCUAUCUCGCGGAAUCCAGGUCCAUCAUUGUAGAUGACAUGAUGCGCCACACUAUUAUGAUCAAGCCUAGUCGGGACUUGAGGGAAGUUGAGGAGGAGGCCCUCUUCCCCAUUCUCACCGACGCCAUCACCACCCAAAUGGUCGACUGGCCAGCUGCGACCAUUUUCCCAACCCGCAGCUGCAUUAUUGACUUUGGUCCUGGUGAGACUUCUGGGGUUGGUACACUCCUCCACCGAUCAAAGGAAGGAACUGGAACUCGUGUCAUUCUUGCUGGGCCCCUUCAAGGAUCUCUUCCACAUGUUGGCUACAAGCCAGACCUAUUUGAUGCGCCUUCUGAAGUCUCAACUCAGAAGUCGGCUGAUUGGCUGCGAGACUUCGAACCGAGCCUGCUCUCUGAUGCAUCAGGAAGGACAAUGGUCAGUACGAAGAUGAGCCAGCUGUUAGGUGUGCCACCACUUAUGGUUGCGGGCAUGACUCCUACCACUGUUCACCCUGAUUUUGUCGCAGCUGUCAUCAAUGCUGGUUAUCAUGUUGAGCUGGCAGCCGGAGGUUAUCACAAUGAAGACGCGCUCGUUAAGGCUAUUUGCAUGAUCGAGCAACUCAUUCCCGCCGGAAAAGGAAUCACUCUAAACUUGAUCUAUUCCGCUCCCCGAGCUAUUCAAUGGCAAAUCCCGUUAGUCAAGAGUCUCAUCGCCCAAGGAACCUUAAUCGAUGGAAUUACACUCGGCGCCGGUGUCCCGUCUCUCGACGUUGCUACAGGCUAUAUCGAGGAUCUCGGUCUGAAGCAUAUUUCAUUUAAACCAGGAAAUGUGGACGCUAUCAAGGCUGUCAUUACGAUUGCUAAAGCCCACCCUAACUUCCCGAUUAUGAUGCAGUGGACCGGAGGAAGAGGAGGAGGCCAUCACUCCACGGAAGAUUUCCACCAACCCAUCCUCCAGACUUACGCUGCUAUCAGGAGGUGUUCAAACAUCAUCUUGGUUGCGGGAAGUGGAUUCGGUGGAGCAGACGACACCUUCCCUUAUCUUACCGGAACCUGGGCGGCAAAGUUCAACCAACCUCCCAUGCCUUUUGAUGGUGUUCUUUUCGGCAGUCGCAUGAUGGUCGCGAAGGAGGCUCAUACUUCUCUUGCAGCCAAGCAGGCUAUUGCAGCUUGCGAGGGUGUUGAGGAUGCCAUGUGGCAGUCGUGCAAAGGCAUCAUCACCGUCAAGUCUGAGAUGGGCCAGCCAAUCCACAAGAUCGCUACUCGUGGUGUGCAAUUUUGGGCUGAGAUGGACAAGAAGAUCUUCUCUCUCGAUAAGAAGAAGCAGCUCUCCGUGAUACAGGGACAGCGCGACUACAUCAUAGAACGCCUCAACAAGGAUUUCCAGAAGGUCUGGUUCGGUUACGACUAUUCGACCAGUAGGGCAGUCGAUCUUAAAGACAUGACCUACGCCGAUAUUGCCAGACGUAUGGUCAACCUACUAUACCUCAGCAAGCGCUCCCAGUGGAUCGAUCCUUCUUAUAUCCGGCUCUUUGGCGAUUUCGUCCGGCGCAUUGAAGAGCGAUUGCCGCUUUCCAACUGGGAAUUGACACAACCCAUCUUCACGAGCUAUGCCGACUUUGACGAACCAUUCGAGGCUUUGAGAAACCUUUCUCAGGCUUACCAGGAGAGCAAAACUCAACUCAUUAAUCAGGAAGAUCAAGACUUCUUCCUGUCUAUUUGCCGCAGACCUGGUCAGAAGCCAGUCCCGUUCAUCCCCGUUCUGGACAAUAACUUUGAGACCUGGUUCAAGAAAGAUUCUCUCUGGCAGUCUGAGUUCGUCGACGCUGUUGUCGAUGAGGAUGUGCAGCGGACCUGCAUUCUCCAAGGCCCUGUGGCAGUUACAUAUGCGACGCCUGAGAACAUCAACGAGCCAGUCAAGGUUAUCCUAGAUAAUAUAAAAGACGGCCACCUUGAGCAGAUACUACAGCAGAAUUAUGGGGGCAUGCGACAGAAGAUUCCUUUUGUAGAGUUCUUUGGUCAUCACACUUCACGAAAGUCGGCCAGGCAACAACACGGCCUUCAGAUUGUCACUGAGCCCAAUGCUACAACCUUUAAGAUCCCUUCAGAUGCUCAAGAGCUACCCUCUCCAGAUUCUUGGUUUGAUUUACUUGCUGGUAAGAAACUCUCCUGGAGAUACGCAGUAUUCAAAAGUAAGACUGUUAUGAGCGGUCACUCGAUGAUUCCGAACCCUAUCCGGCAAGCCUUUGCUCCUACCCCAGGCCUCUCCGUUAUGAUCACGGACAAAUUGCGACACAACUACGUCUCCAUCACAAUGAGCAGCAAUGGUAACACCCAAACUGACUUGUCCAUUGCUACUGAGCCUGGUAACAAGAUCAUCCUGCGCAUGUACUGCUACGAGAAUGCCUUGAAUGAGCCCAUCCCCCUUGAGUUCCGAUUUUCGUACCACCCGGAGACUCCCCACUCUUUGUUGCACGAGGAUACUGAAGGCCGUACGGAUCGUAUCUGCGACUUCUACAAGAAGCUCUGGGUUGGAAAGGCCUACAAGACGCCUGCUCUACCAGCUGGGCGACAAACUUAUAAAGCCAAUGGUGGAGAGCUUGUUAUUACUCAGGGCCUUGUUGAGAAGUUCAUGCAAACCAUUGGUGGUGGUAUGAGGGGAACGGACCCCAACGGCUUGAUCCCCAUGGACUUCGCUAUUGUGGUUGGCUGGAAGGCUAUCAUGAAAGCUCUUCUGCUUGUACAUGGAGAUCUUUUGAAGCUCGUCCACUUGUCUAACAAGUUCCACAUGCACCCUGGAGCUAAUCCUUUGAAAGUUGGCGACAAGACGGAGAGCUUUGCUCGAACUACCUCCAUUACGAUCGGUGAUACUGGCAAGACUGUGGAGAUCUGCGCAACAAUCAGCAGAGACCGCAUUCCGGUUAUGGAUGUUGUCUCGGAAUUCUUCUAUCGAGGAACUUACACCGACUUCUCCGAGUCAUUCACCACUCGUAAGGAAGAGACACGAAAAGUGCAGUUCACCUCAGCAAGUCAGGCUAACCUUUUGUUAUCAAAGGAGUGGAUCACAUUCCGUGACCCGAUAGAGGCUGACGAGCUGUCUGAGAAGACUCUAACUUUUGAGCUGGAGACUUUCUCCGCACUCAAGGCAAAGGGCCUGCACAGCCGCAUCAGGACCAUCGGGAAGGUCUUCGCAAGCUCCAAGGAAUCCAAGGCUCCAGCUGAAAUUGGCACAAUCCACUACGACUCACUUGCCAACUCUAUGCCGACUGCGGCCGGAAAUCCAGUCAUGGGCUACCUCGAACGGCAUGGGACAAUUGUACAAAAGCGAAUCAUGCUCGAACGCCCGGUCUCUCUUGACAACUCUGAAGAGGGAUUCGUCUUCGCUGCUCCCAAGGACAAUGGGGAUUAUUCAAGAAUCUCACUAGACUUCAACCCGAUCCACGUUUCGUCAGCCUUUGCGCAGUAUGCUGGUCUUCCAGGUCCAAUCACACACGGCAUGCAUUCUAGCGCCAUUAUUCGCAGCAUCUGUGAAAUGCGUUGCGCGGAGAACAACUUAACCGCUAUGCGAAACUUCAGUGCUUCGUUCAGUGGUAUGAUCAAGGCGGGCGAUAACAUUGAAGUUCACCUCGAGCACAUAGCUAUGCUAGAGGGCAACAAGAUCAUCAAGGUAGAGGCACGCAAUGUAGCUAGUCAGGAGAAGGUGCUUGUUGGAGAAUGUGAAGUCGAGCCAACCGAGACUGCAUAUAUCUUCACUGGACAGGGCAGCCAAGAGGCCAAUAUGGGUAUGGACUUGUAUGAGACGAGCACUGCUGCACGGCAAGUCUGGGACCGUGCUGACAAGCACUUUGAUGAGACUUACGGUUUCCGUAUCUCCGAUAUCGUCAAGAAAAAUCCCAAGCAACUCACUAUCCAUUUCGGCGGAAAGCGAGGAGCCGCUAUUCGCAAGAAUUACCUUUCCAUGACCUAUGACUCCUAUGAUAAAUCUGGCAACAAAACAACAAAACGCUUCUUCGACAUCAACGAGCACAGCCCUUCAUACACCUACCGUCACCCAAAGGGGUUGCUCUUCUCGACCGAGUUCGCGCAACCCGCGCUCACGGUCAUGGAGAAGGCUUCCUUUGCAGAUAUGGACGAGAAGGGCUUAAUCAGUGACAAUAGCAAAUAUGCAGGCCAUUCACUCGGAGAGUAUGCCGCCCUUUGUGCCAUUGCGAAUAUGAUGCCGAUGGAGCAGAUCCUCAGCAUUGUAUUUUACAGGGGCUUGUCCAUGCAAGUCGCUGUGGAGCGCGAUGAGGAAGGCCGCUCUGAGUUUGGUAUGAUGGCAGUGGAUCCGAGUCGGGUCACCAAAGGCUUUGAUGUUAGAAAACUAGAAGCAAUUGUGACGGCUCUCAGCACCGAGACCGCCGCUCUUCUCGAAAUCGUUAACUACAACGUCGAAAACAGGCAAUACGUCUGCGCAGGCACACUUCGCAAUCUCCAAAAUCUAACCGAUGUCUGCAACGAACUCGCCACCUCCGCUUCCCCUGCCCCCAUUGAUGAAAUCAUCAAGAGACACGUCUCCGCCAAUUCCAACAGAGACAUUCUCUCCGUCGAGCGUGGGAAAGCCACCAUACCACUCGCCGGCAUUGACGUCCCCUUCCACUCUUCCUUCCUACGCCCCAACCUCGCAGCCUUCCGUGAGGUCCUCGAGCAAAAUAUCCGCAAGGACUGGAUGGAUCCAGAAAAGCUAAUUGGUCGAUAUAUUCCCAAUGUCACUGCACGGCCAUUCGAUAUUUCGAAGGAGGCGUUUGAGUAUGCCUAUGAGGUUACGGGGAGUGAGAGGCUGAAGGGGGUAUUGGAUACUUGGACUGAGGUGCAGGCUGCUUAACUACCCCUUUCUACAUAGAUGAUGUGUGUUAGUUUGGG